GGUUGCGGGCCCUGAGCGCCGGCGGGGGGCGCGCACCAUGAACUCGUGGGAUGCGGGCCUGGUGGGGCUGCUGGUGGGCACGAUGGGCGUCUCGCUGCUGUCCAACGCGCUGGUGCUGCUCUGCCUGCUGCACAGCGCGGACAUCCGCCGCCAGGCACCGGCGCUCUUCACCCUGAACCUCACGUGCGGGAACCUGCUGUGCACCGUGGUCAACAUGCCGCUCACGCUGGCCGGCGUCGUGGCGCAGCGGCAGCCAGCAGGCGACCGCCUGUGCCGCCUGGCUGCCUUCCUCGACACCUUCCUGGCGGCCAACUCCAUGCUCAGCAUGGCCGCACUCAGCAUCGACCGCUGGGUGGCCGUGGUCUUCCCGCUGAGCUACCGGGCCAAGAUGCGCCUCCGCGACGCGGCGCUCAUGGUGGCCUACACGUGGCUGCACGCGCUCACCUUCCCAGCCACUGCGCUCGCCCUGUCCUGGCUCGGCUUCCACCAGCUGUACGCCUCGUGCACGCUGUGCAGCCGGCGGCCGGACGAGCGCCUGCGCUUCGCCGUCUUCACUGGCACCUUCCACGCUCUCAGCUUCCUGCUCUCCUUCGUCGUGCUCUGCUGCACGUACCUCAAGGUGCUCAAGGUGGCCCGCUUCCAUUGCAAGCGCAUCGACGUGAUCACCAUGCAGACGCUCGUGCUGCUCGUGGACCUGCACCCCAGUGUGCGGGAACGCUGUCUGGAGGAGCAGAAGCGGAGGCGACAGCGAGCCACCAAGAAGAUCAGCACCUUCAUAGGGACCUUCCUUGUGUGCUUCGCACCCUAUGUGAUCACCAGGAGCACUUCUCUGUUGACCAUGACCAGGAGGGAUUCCAGGCUUGGGAGCACCAGCCAGAGGACCCCCAACCAGAUGAGAUCCAGUCACACACCUCAGGCAAGGUUUUAAAGCAAGCUCAAGGCAGAGCCUUUCAGAGAAAUUAAACCUAACGAAAAAGAGAAGAGAAGAAGAAAAUGCGUAGGAGCUGGAUAAUUGCACGCCUGUGUCUCUAGCGGUGGGCUCAGGCACACAGAGCAGCAGAUGGGAUCUAAAUUGAAGGAAAAAUCGAAAUGAAAUGCAACUCAGACAAAUGAUCAUCAAAGCAAGCCAUGAGAAUUUCUGGACAAGCCUCUAGCUAGUUAUUUGCUUGGUGACUUUACCUAGGUAAUUGGUUCCAUUGUUUCUCCCCAACCCCGGAUGUCACUCAGCUGCACCUCCUCUCUUUCCUCUUGGUGGGGGAUUUCUAGAAACUGCUUCUGGGGCUACAGGUCAUAGGACAUCAGCCAAGAGACAGUUUUCCUCCACUUUGCCUCCCUGUCUCUCCCUCCAGCUGCUGCACUUUGAUCCAACCAUCUGCAAACCUACCCAGGGCACAUGGGGCUCCUAACCCUGAACUAUCACAUAGCAGGUGCCAGUUUUGUUUUGUUUUUAACAUGGGCUCGUGCUUAGAAGCAUCUUCAGCAUAGGUGAGUAGAAAGCCAAGGGCUUUGGAAGCAGAAUGACCUAGAAUGGAGUCCAUUGCUUGCCAUCUUUUUCACCUUAACCUUCGUUAGCAAACUGUUGACAACAGUAGCUGAACCCUUAGAUUAAGUGAGCUAUUCUGGAAGGUGCUGGCACACAACAGGCAGCAUUCAUGCCACUUAGCCUCUAGUUUCUCUGGGGUAAGCACCAUGUUCAGAGUUUUUAGAACUUCUAGCCCUUCCAGGGCAGCAUGAGGCACUGUGGUCAGUAAGAGGAACCCCAUGGGUUUGAGACUCUGGUUGCCAACUCUGUGAUCUUGGUCAUGGCCCAAUGUCUCUGAACCUAUGUCUUCCUGGGGCCAUCAGGGAUAUAGAGACAUCAUCCCAGGCCUGCCUGCCCAGUUCAGCGGAUUAGGCUGCCACGAAUUCUGGGUAGUAAAGCAUGAAAACAGGUUCUAUCAACUGUUAAAGGUGAGUCCAAAUUAGUGCCUUAGGACAGCUCUGGAAACCCACAAAUGAAAAGAGUUCUCAAGAACUUUCCCUGGGGACUCCCUACAGGCUGGCAGCAUGACUUUCACACAAUUGGUGCCAUGGUGAGGGUGAUGGCUUCGGAGCUGGAAGAACCAUGCUGGCACUAGCCCACUGUGCAACUUCGGCCAUGUCCCAAACCUCAGUUUCCUCACCUGAUCAUGGAAAUUAUAUCCUGAUAAGGAACGUAAAUGUUCUUUAUGAACUGCAAAACCCACGUCUACGUGUUACUUGUUCUUAAAACUCUUCAAUCUAGCCCCAGGGACAUUCUGCUCUCAACAUUACUCACUUGUUGGUACUUAGUUUAAAACUUCUGUAGAAGGGAAGAUACACACCUUCACUGAAAACCCACUUAUGUUCAAGCAUCAUUUGAAGCAAUUAGCUUACUUAACAAGGCAAUGUUUAAUGAAGAUCGUGGCUGGCAGAAUAAUGGCUCCCUCAAGAUGUCCAUGCCCCACUCACCAGAAUCUGUGAACAUGUUACCUUAUGUGGCAAUGGGGACUUUGCAGCUACGAUUAAGUGAAGGAGCUUAAGUUAGGAUAUUACCCUGCAUUAUCAAGGUGGAUAAUGUAAUCACAGGGUCCUUAAAGGAUGGUAGAGGGAGGCAGGAGAGUCAGAGGGGGAGCUAAGAUGAUGGAUGCACGACUUAGAAUCAGAGAGAGAUUUGCAGAUGCUAUGCUGCUGGCUUUGAGAUGCAAGGAGCCAGAAGCCAAGGAAUGUAGAUGACCUCUGGAAGCCGGAAGAGCCUCUUCUGCAGCUCCAGAAAAAAUGCAGCCCUGCAACACCUUGGUUUUUGCCCAGUGAGACUCAUUCUGAACUUCUGAACAACAGAACUGUACGAUGAUAAAUCUGUGCUAUGUUAAGGCCCCAAACUUGUGGUGAUGUGUUACAGCAGCAAAAAGAAAUUAAUUCAUAAAUAAAUGAAAGCUUCUGCAACUUGUGUACAGAAAUCCAAUAUCCCAGGUACAAAACGGGAGAAAAUUGGUUCAGCAGCUGCGCUUUGGAACAGAGCGUGAUGACUACAUGUCAAGAUGUGGUGAUGAUCACAAUGGCAGGUUUAGUGUUGAUAUUUUCAUGAGGAGCGACUGGAACAGAAGUGGAAGUGGCCCACAUUUACCAAAGUCAUUGGGUCACAAGAAUAGUGGGUUCAGUUCAGGACAAAACAAUUCUAGUGGGGCAUUACACACUGGCACAACCUAAGAGCCAUGAGAGAGCAGUAACACUCGUCUCUUGCUGGCAGAGAACAAAUUGGUACUGCCUCAUUGGAUGGCAAUUUGGCAACGUGUAUUAAAAUUUUCAACACACAUAUUCUUCAACUUAGCAAUUGCAUUGCUCUGAAUUCAUCACACAGAUAACCUGUACCAAGAAGUACAUACAAUGCAGGAGAUUUAUAAUUGCCUGGUUUGUAGAAGCAAAAGAUUGGAAACUACGUAAUACCCAUCAAAAUGGGACCUGGUUUAAUAAACAAUGGGACACUAUGAAGCUUUACAAAUAAGCCGGUGGGGCUUUCUACACUGACGUGCAAUAAUCUCCAAAUUUCAUUAUUAGUGUUUUUAAAAAGCAAGCUGCAGAAGAGUGUGUGUGUUAUUUUUGUCUAAAACACAUUUGUAGACAUUAUAAAUGCAUAGAGUUCCUUUGAAAACACACACAAGAAAGUAGGAACACAGUUGGCUCAGGAAGGAGAAUGAGGGAUUGGGGGACGUGGCAGAUGAGAUGUCACUGGCCCUUCCCCUUACCAUCUUCUGCAUUUUCUCCUUCCAUGAACUUACAUUACAUACUAAAAAAAGAAAGAUACAAAGGAAACAAAGGUCUCUGAAUCCAGCUCAUGUGUGGGCUGUUAAAGGAACCGGAAUGCUUACCCAAGGCAGAGGACAGGACCAAUGGAGAAGAUUUGUACUUGAAAUAGACAAGACUUUUCUGACCGUCAGAGCUGCCUAAAGAAGAGCCAGGCUGUCCCAGAGAGGAAUGCAUGUCCCGUGGCUGCUGGGGCUAUUGAGGUAGACACCAGAUGAACCUUUCUCACGGGGUCACAGCACAGUCUCAGGUUCUGGAGGAUUUUGUAAAGUGCAGAAAGUCCUCCCUGGGCAGCAGCUGGAAUCAUGUGGGGAACUUGUCAAUCCCACUGAUGCCAGGGCUACCCCAGACCAUCUGAACCAGAAUAAGGAAUAUGAGCUCUACUCUGGCCCCAUCUAAUCUUGCUCCAAAUGGAGCUCAGAACCUUCCAAUGGUUUCCCAUUGUACUUAGGACAAAGAUUAUAUCCUUACCAAGGUCUCAAGUCCUCUUGUUGUUCACUCUCUCCCAGCCUCUUUAACCAAUUCUUGUCCCUCUCACUCACUCACAAGGAUGUGUUCUGCUAUAGUCUGAAUGUUCAUGUCACCCCAAAAUUCCUAAGUUGAAAUCCUCACCUCCAAGGAGAUGGUGUUAGGAGGCAGGGCCUUCGGCAGGUGCUUAGAUCCUGAGGGUGGAAUCUUCAUGAAUGAGAUUAGUGCCCUGAAAAAGGAGAACCCAGAGAGCUCCCUUGCCCCUUUCUGCCAUGUGAAGACACACCAAAAUGGUCAUUUAUAAGUUGGGCAUUAGGACCUCACCAGACACCAAGUCUGCCAGUUCCUUGAUCUUGGACUUCCCUUGAUCUUAGACUCCAGGACUGUCAGAAAUAUAUUUCUGUUGUUUUUAAGCCACCCAGUUUUAGAUAUUUCAUUAUAGCAACCCAAAUAGAUUAAGUCACAGUCCAACUGCUUAGUGCCAUGGACUUAUCAGAAGUACCACUAACACAUUCACUGUGCCUAUUGACUAUUCUUGGUUAUUAUUUUUUUUACUUUGAUUAAAAACACAGGUGCGCUUGUUACUUACUUCAGGUGUUGUCUAGGAGCAGGGGCAGCCAAUUAUCUCAUUACAGAAACAAUGUACUUGGAAUAAUGACUGUGCUUCAGAAUAAUCCAAUUCCAUUCACCUGAGUAAAGUAAAAGACUAUAUUCCUGUUAAGAUCAGGCAUACUAAAUGGCUGAAUUCUUAUUCGGGGAGAGGCUAGCUUGGGUGGCUAGUGUAUGGAAAUUCUACCCAUCCACUAGUGGGAUCUACCACUGAGAUCAAGAAUGGGGUGGGUGGAAAUGAGGGGUCCAUUUGGAGAUACGUUGAGUCUCAGGUGGGUGAGUCCAGGGGAUAGUUGAUUGAUGGUUUUAAAGGAGGGAGAGUUGUAGGGUGGAGAGGAAGAUUUGGGAAUCAUCUAGAUUUAGGAGGUAGUUGGAGCCAUCCAAGUGAAGAAAUUGCCCAGCAACUGUGUGUUCAGUGAAAGAGACUCAGAGAACCUCUGAUGGGGCAGGUGGAGAGAGAACAGGUGGAGACUGAGAAGAUGCAGAGAUAUGCACAGUGAGAACUAGAAGGAGCAGGGCCGCAGGAACCCACGUUGGAGAAGCUCCAAGACUGAAAAUGGGGCAGAAAGCAUCAGUAAGGUAAGGCCACCUCGACGAUGUUGGACAGCGGAAUGAAGACAGUGGGGACUAUGGGACUGUGUCAAGUGUGGUCUGGGCAGCAGGGUGGCAGUGAAAGUCAGCACAGAAGACAGAGACGUGAGUGGCAGAUGAGGAAGGACUCAUCUCCCAUUGGAUGGAUAAAAACUGGCUGCUCCUCUCUGCACACUAAACAAAGUGAAAAAGAAAAAGACAAAUGUUUCUAUUUUUCCAGCCCCUCACUGGCCUGGAGGCCUCUUCUUCCAACCUCAUAGAUUCUAUGUCUGUGUCUGUGUGCCUGUGUGUGUGUUGUGUGUUUAAGUCACUUUGCUUUCAGAUUCUUGCCUUAAAACUAUUUAAAACAGGGGGAAAAAGUAAUGCAUCCUGUAUCAGUCAGGGUUUUCCAGAGAAAUAGAACCAAUAUAUAUUAAGAAAUGUAUUUUAAGGAAUUGGCUCAUGUGAUUGUGGGGGCGGCAAGUGUGAAACUUAGGCUGGAAACCCAGGCAGGAGUUAAUGCAGUUGUCUUGAAAUAGAAUUUCUUCUUCUCUGGGAAACCUCAGUUUUUGCUGUUGAGGCCUUCAACGGAUUGGAGGAGGCUUUGCCCCAUUAUUGAGGAUAACAGUCUUUCUGAUUUAAAGUCAACUGAGAGUAGAUGCUAACCACAUCUACAAAACACCUUCACAGUGACACCUAGAUUCUUGUUUGAUUAAACAACUGGCUACUAUCGCCUAGCCAAGUUAAUGCAUAAAACUAAACAUCAUACAUUCCAAAUCAUGCAAACUGCUAAUUUCCUGCCUAAGCUUUAUCACUGACAGUCUCAUUUCUGUUUAACAAGAUACUGGAAAAUGGAACAAGAACCUGGGGUGGGGUUCCUCCUCUGGCCCCUCAAUAAGUCAUGGGAUAGCAGAGGUGGCUGCAAUAACCAUGCUUUCUAAGUCAACGUUCAGCUCUUUCAGAGAUUUCACCUCCCAUGGCCUAUAAGGCACAAGGAAACCUCUUAUUUACCCAACAGUUAUAGUCUCGAAGUGACUUUCUCCACGAUGUGUUAGCAAGCAGGCGCUUUCUCAGUGACAAACAUUGGGGAGCUGAUAAAACGCUCCCUCCCACGCUCCGCUCUUGUGGUGGAUUGAACAACAGUAAAUUGGUUGAGAGUGCUUGUUGGUAUUUCCCCGCCUUUUUUUAAUGUCAACCUAUUAGCAGCUCUAAGGGAUGUCCCUUGAGGGCCACACACGUAUUAUCACAAUGGAAGUGAGACGCUAUUGAAACACCCACACAGCCGCCUCUGUAAGAUGCUCUUCCUUUCAACUGAACCUGGCCACUCGGGAGUGAACCAGACAGCAGGACCAGCUCCCCCUUGGGCAGGUCACUGGCUUCAGACCAAGACAGAGCAGAUGGUGGGGCUGCAGGGGGCUCCUUGGGAUUCCUGUUUGCCCGCACCUCACCAGUGGGCUUGCUGCUUUUACUUCUGUGCAGCCGUUCUUUUCCUGGCUUUUAAAAUCAGUAGAUCCCCAGUGAGCAGCACCCACAAGAGGUGUGGCUGCAGGUCUACCUGGGACGUGGAUCUUCAUUUCUCAAUCUGACCUACUGGAAAGACCCAGUGGCUUGUGGGAAAAUGAUCAACCUUGGGCAGUUAAGGGCUCCCCUGGCUGAUUCCGACAGUUGUUAAGCAAACAUAAUUUACCUACUUUUUCCUGUUUGGCACUCUCAUUUCAGUGUUACAAGAAAAAAGUAGCACCUCUGAUCCUGUUGCAAUAAAAAGUUUGAGAUUAGGGCUGGACACAGUGGCUCACGUCUAUAAUCCCAACACUUUGGGAGACUGAGGCAAGCAGA